GAAGUCGUCUCGGGCCGCGGCGCGCCUUCACUGCGCAUUGUCUGCCCCACAGGUCCCGCGCGGCCCCGGGUGAGGCACGCCCGCGCGCCCGCCGGCGCCAUGGGAAGGAGCGGGUGCCGCUGCUGUCCCCCGCCGGCGCGCGCACGACGUGAACCCAGCCACGGGCAGCCCCCGGCCGCAGGUCCCCGAGUGACGCUGGCGGCACCUGGGAGCGUGGCGCGGGCCCGGGGCCACGCAGAGGAGCCCAGUGUCCAGUGAAGCAGCCGAGGACCCGCCGCCGCGCCGCCGCCAUGGUGAUGUCCCAGGGCACCUACACGUUCCUCACGUGCUUCGCCGGCUUCUGGCUCAUCUGGGGUCUCAUCGUUCUGCUCUGCUGCUUCUGCAGCUUCCUGCGCCGCCGCCUCAAACGGCGUCAGGAGGAACGCCUGCGCGAGCAGAACCUGCGCGCCCUGGAGCUGGAGCCCCUCGACCUGGAGGGCAGCCUGGCCGGGAGCCCCCCUGGCCUGGCGCCGCCGCCGCCGCCACCGCCGCCGCACCGCAGCCGCCUGGAGGCGCCGGCGCACGCGCAUCCGCACGUGCACGUGCACCCGCUGCUGCACCACGGGCCCGCGCAGCCGCACGCGCACGCGCACCACCACGCGCUCCCGCACCCGCCGCCGCCGCCGCCGCACCUCUCCGUGCCGCCGCGGCCCUGGAGCUACCCGCGCCAAACGGAAUCGGACAUGUCCAAGCCACCGUGUUACGAGGAGGCGGUGCUGAUGGCCGAGCCGCCGCCGCCCUACAGCGAGGUGCUCACGGACACGCGCGGCCUCUACCGCAAGAUCGUCACGCCGUUUCUGAGCCGCCGUGACAGCGCGGAGAAACAGGAACAGCCGCCGCCCAGCUACAAACCGCUCUUCCUGGACCGGGGCUACACCUCGGCGCUGCACCUGCCCAGCGCCCCGCGGCCCGCGCCGCCCUGCCCCGCCCUGUGUCUGCAGGCCGAGCGCGGCCGCCGGGUCUUCCCCAGCUGGACUGACUCAGAGCUCAGCAGCCGCGAGCCCCUGGAGCACGGAGCUUGGCGCCUGCCGGUCUCCAUCCCCUUGUUUGGGAGGACUACAGCCGUAUAGAGGGGCGCCCGGCGUCUGGGCCCCACCGGCGCACUCCUGGCCUGACUGCGGGGCUUUUUAAAUGCUUCCCUUGGACUGCGGGGAGGGGCGGGGGGAGGGAGGGAUUUCUUAUCCCGUUUGUUACAUUUUGAGGAUAAUAAAGGUGUGUGAUCUGGUUUGGUACAA